CUUUAACAAAUGCAUUCAUCUAUGGAUUCUUUGAGAUCAUCGCUUCUCAUUCUUUCUGUAUUUGCAACAAUACUUCUAGCCUUAUCGCCAUCUGGGUUAGCUGAUCAUGAUCAAGAACUUCAAACCUCAGGGUUUGAGCUCGAAUCAACACCUUCCCAACCUAGUUUGGGAGAUUGUUGGCAAUCUGUUGAAGAGAUCAUUGGUUGUUAUUCAGAAAUUUAUCGAGCUUUUGUGAAUGGAAAACUAGGGAUGACCAUUGGCCCUUCAUGUUGUCUAGCGAUUGAGGACAUAAGUUCCAACUGUUGGCCUCAAAUGUUUCCCGGCGCCUCAUCAUCAUUCCCUCCGUUACUAAAAGGCUAUUGCAGGCGCUAUCAAGCUGGACAACCCGAUGCGGAAACCCCUUCCGCCGAACCAGCUGAUGACUUUUAA